AACUGUCAUUGUUGGCUCUGUGUGUGAUCCUGUCCCCUUGUGUAUCCGGUUGAACUCCCAUCAUACACUUCCACUUCUCCCUGUUAUUGCUGUCAUGAAUGACUUUAACUUACUCUACGUUAUACUCGGCAUUGUCUUCUGGUGCUGUUUCUUCACCUGCAGCUGUCUGUGCAGGAGCGCUGCCAAUCCAAACUCUGAGGUGGCUACUGCUACCCACACCUUGGUCACCGCCACACCUCAGCAGUAUCCACAUCAGUACCCUCAGUACCCAGUACCCCCUCAGUCCUAUCAGAGAGUGCCCUACCAGCCAGUACCAGGGCACCCUGGUUACCCAGCUAUGCCUGGCAAUCAAGCUGUGCCCAUGACCACACCACUCAGCCAUGAACAGCCAUUAACACCACCACCAUCGUAUCAGGAUGCAAUUGGUCCCACCUAUCCUCUGCAACCAGUCAACCAAUCUUCCAGCCAGCCACAGUACCCUUCGAAGCCUCCAGCUCAGCCGCAGGCCAGUGCUCUAACUGACAGCUCAGACUUCCUCGCCAGCUCGGCAUACAACCAGGAAUUUGUUCUACCCUAUAGGCUAGAUACUUAGUGUAUCAAUCAGACACAAAAAUGCUGCAACAUUUUCAAAUUUGGCUCAGUUGGGAGUAUGUAAUUUGAGUGAAGAAUAAGGAACUCCAGAAUAACUUGCUUCUUUUAUUUUGAUGGCUACAUGUGGGAAUGUUAGGACAGUGAUGGUUCAACAGUUUUAAAC